UGAAAAAAACCGACUCCUGUUGAAUGAAAUCAAAUCUGAAAUGAUUAUUGGAAGUCAUAUUUUAGCAACGCUUCCAAAGCUCUCUGCUUAAAGUGAAGCUUUUGAGUUGUGCUUGUCAGUGGGGGAGGAGCUUGAGCAUAGAUCUGAAGGGAAAGACUCCGAGCAACAAGAUCUUCUCUCACUACAUCGACGAGGAGAGUCCAGAUCAUGGGUUCUAAGCAUAACCAACCUGGGAAUAGGUCGAGGAGUUCUCUCUCCAUAAUCGUAGUGAUAGGUUUGUGUUGUUUCUUCUACCUUCUUGGAGCAUGGCAGAGGAGCGGGUUUGGCAAAGGAGACAGCAUAGCAAUGGAAAUAACCAAGCAGGCACAGUGUACAGACAUUGUCACCGAUCUGGACUUUGAACCGCACCAUAACACGGUGGAGAUUCCUCAAACGGCUAAGCCCAGACCCAUUGUGUUCAAACCUUGUGAUGUGAAACACAAGGAUUACACCCCUUGCCAGGAGCAAGACCGUGCGAUGAAAUUCCCGAGGGAGAAUAUGAUUUACAGAGAGAGACACUGUCCACCAGAGAAUGAGAAGUUGCGCUGUCUUGUCCCAGCUCCCAAAGGGUAUAUGACUCCAUUCCCUUGGCCUAAAAGCCGGGAUUACGUCCACUAUGCCAAUGUUCCUUUCAAGAGCUUGACAGUUGAAAAGGCCGGGCAAAACUGGGUGCAGUUUCAAGGAAAUGUGUUCAAAUUCCCUGGAGGAGGAACCAUGUUUCCCCAGGGAGCAGAUGCAUAUAUAGACGAGCUAGCUACAGUUAUCCCAAUCAAAGAUGGCUCCGUCAGAACUGCGUUGGACACUGGAUGUGGGGUUGCAAGCUGGGGUGCCUAUGUACUUAAAAGGAACGUAUUGGCUAUGUCAUUUGCACCACGGGACAACCACGAAGCACAGGUACAGUUUGCACUUGAGAGGGGUGUUCCUGCAGUUAUAGGUGUCCUCGGGUCAAUUCGUCUGCCAUACCCUUCAAGAGCAUUCGAUAUGGCCCAGUGCUCCCGAUGCUUGAUACCAUGGACCUCAAAUGAGGGAAUGUAUUUAAUGGAAGUCGAUAGAGUCUUGAGACCGGGUGGGUACUGGGUCUUGUCUGGCCCUCCGAUCAACUGGAAGACCUAUUACCAGACUUGGAAGCGAUCUAAGGAGGAACUUAAUGCUGAGCAGAAGAAAAUAGAGGAAAUUGCAGAGUCCUUGUGCUGGGAGAAGACGUACGAGAAGGGAGACAUUGCUAUCUGGAGAAAGAAAACAAAUGACAAGUCCUGUGAUAGGACAUCAGUUACUAUCUGCAAGGGAAAGGACACCGACGAUGUCUGGUACAAGGAAAUGGAAACGUGUGUAACUCCAUUCCCUAAGGUAUCCAGUGAAGAAGAGGUAGCAGGAGGAAAACUGAAGAAGUUUCCGGAAAGGCUGUUUGCUCUCCCUCCACGUAUUGCCAAAGGUCAAGUUGAGGGUGUCGAUUCUGAAUCAUACCAGGAGGACAACAAGCUCUGGAAGAAGCGCCUGAAUACCUACAAAAGGAUCAACAGACUGAUAGGUACCACAAGGUACCGCAAUGUGAUGGACAUGAACGCUGGUCUCGGUGGAUUUGCAGCAGCACUCGAGUCCCCCAAGUCUUGGGUUAUGAACGUUGUCCCAACCAUUGCAAAGAACACGUUAGGCAUUAUAUAUGAGAGGGGUCUCAUCGGCAUUUAUCAUGACUGGUGCGAAGGCUUCUCUACUUACCCGAGGACAUAUGAUCUUAUCCACGCCAAUGGUGUCUUCAGCUUGUAUCAGAACAGUUGCAAAAUAGAAGACAUUCUCUUGGAGAUGGACCGUAUUUUGCGGCCAGAAGGAAUGGUGAUAUUCCGGGACGAGGUCGAUGUUCUUAACGACGUGAGAAAGAUGGCAAAUGGAAUGAGAUGGGACACGAAACUGAUGGACCAUGAGGACGGUCCUCUUGUGCCAGAGAAAAUCCUGGUGGCCGUCAAGCAGUACUGGGUCGCCGGCGGCGGAAACGGUACUUCCAGUGAAGAAGAAUAGCCAAAACUUCACCACCUACGGUUAUGGUGUCCACGACGUGAGUGUAGAUCUAUGUAUCCCCAAUUGACAGCCAAGUUUACUCGAAGCCAAUUGAAGCAAAAAAAAAAAGUGCGGGAGAAAAUCAUAAUUUCUAUGAAAAGGAGGGGUCAAAGUCGAAAUACUAUAGAUGAUGUAAAAGAAUAUUUGCAACUUUUUUUGUCCCCGAGCAUCUGUUUUGUUUUUUAUUUUAUUUUAUUUUAUCCUCCAUAAUUAUUGUU